GUGACGUGUGUGUCAUCCAAUCAGUUCCAGCCAUACGUUGCUUUCACAUUGAAACGUUUUGACGGUGAAUCGCAUCUCUCUCCGGUCCGCUGCGUACUGUCGCACUGUUAAACUACAACCUCACCGUACCAUUUUUCCGUUAAACCCGAACCCCACCGACUGUUAACCGAACUCUGCGGUCUCUCCGUUAAACAAGAACCUACCGUCCGCUAACACGCCCGUCCCGUUACCCGUUCCCAGGCGGAGCGGAACAGGACCACACUGCUGCGAGGAGGCUCAGACGACGGCCAAAAGUUCCAGUGGGUCCCUCCUGCGGCGGAUCAUCCGGUAACCGUCAGGUGCGAUGGCGGAGGCUCACCAGGCGGUGGCGUUCCAGUUCACGGUGACCCCCGACGGCAUCGACCUGAAGCUCUCCCACCAGGCCCUGACCCAGAUAUACCUGUCCGGCCUCCGCUCCUGGAAGAAGCGCUUCAUCAGACUCAAGAACAGUGUGAUAACGGGUGUGUAUCCCGCCAGCCCCUCCUCCUGGCUCUUUGUGGUCAUCGCCAUCUUGGCCACCAUGUACACACGCUCAGACCCGUCCAUGGGCCUCAUCGCCAAGAUCCAGGAACACCUGCCUGUCAGUGAGUCGUUGAGUGCCCAGUGCCAGACGGUGGUGUCUGCGGUGGUCUUCAGCACGCUGCUGUGGCUCUCCCUCAUCCUCACUAUGAGACUCUGCCUCAAGCAGCUCCUGUCUUACCACGGCUGGAUGUUUGAACAGCACGGGAAGCUGUCGAGCACCACCAAGGCCUGGAUGGCUCUGGUUCGGAUCUUCUCGGGGCGACAGCCUCUGCUCUACAGCUACCAGGGCUCCCUCCCCAACCUACCUGUCCCCAAGGUCAAAGACACAAUCCACAGGUUCUUGGACUCGGUGCGUCCUCUGACGGACGCUCACCAGUUCGAGCGCAUGUCGACGCUGGCCCGGGAGUUUGAGAGCGGCAUGGGGAAGAGGCUCCAGUGGUACCUGAAGCUCAAGUCUCUGUGGGCCGCCAACUAUGUGAGUGACUGGUGGGAGGAGUACAUCUACCUGCGGGGAAGAGGUCCCAUCAUGGUGAACAGCAACUAUUAUGGGAUGGACUUCCUGUACGUGACGCCCACGCCCAUCCAGGCUGCGCGUGCGGGCAACACCAUCCACGCCUGCCUGCUGUACCGCCGCAAGCUGAACCGCGAGGAGCUCAAACCCAGUCGUAUCCCAGGUUCAUUCAUUCCUCUGUGCGCUGCUCAGUGUGAGAGGAUGUUCAACACCUCCCGUAUACCUGGAGAGGAGACUGACACGGUGCAGCACUGGCAGGACAGUGAGUUCGUGGCGGUGUUCCAUCGGGGCCGCUACUUCCGUCUGUGGGUGUACCAGGCGGGCCGGCUGCUGUCGCCCCGGGAGCUGGAGCACCAGGUCCAGCGCAUCCUGGACGACCCCGCCGCACCCGCGCCCGGGGAGGAGAGACUGGGGGCUCUCACUGCAGGGGACAGAGUGCCCUGGGCCGAGGCCAGGAAGACGUACUUCAGCAGCGGUCCCAACAAGCGCUCGUUGGACUGCAUCGAGAAGGCCGCCUUCUUCGUCACCCUCGACGACGAGGAGCAAGGCAUGAUGGGAGACGACUCGGGGGCCAGCCUGGACCGCUACGCCAAGUCCCUGCUGCACGGGAAGUGCUAUGACAGGUGGUUCGACAAGUCCUUCUCAUUCGUCGUCUACAAGAACGGGAAGAACGGCCUCAACGCGGAGCACUCCUGGGCCGACGCGCCCACCGUCGCGCACCUGUGGGAGUAUGUCCUGGCUACGGAUAGUUUCCAGCUGGGCUAUAACACCGAAGGUCACUGCAAGGGGGAGGUGGACCCCUCCCUCCCCCGCCCCCAAAAACUCACCUGGGAGUUCUCCCCGGAGCUCCAGCAGCAGGUGGGCCGGUCUCUGGCGGUCGCCCAGGCGCUGGCCGACGACAUCGACUUCCACGUCUUCUCCUUCCGAGACUUCGGGAAAGGCAGGAUCAAGAAGUGUCGCAUCAGCCCUGACGCCUUCAUCCAGCUAACGCUGCAACUGGCCUACUACAGGGAACGGGGGAUGUUCUGUCUGACCUAUGAGGCGUCGAUGACCCGCCUGUUCCGGGAGGGCCGCACGGAGACGGUGAGGUCGUGCUCCAACGAGAGCUGUGCCUUCGUCUGUGCUCUGGAGGAGGGGGAGGAGAGGGAGGAGUGCAGGCGUCUCCUGCGUGCGGCCUCAGAGAGACACCAGAACCUGUACCGCCUGGCGAUGACGGGAGGGGGCAUCGACCGCCACCUCUUCUGCCUCUACGUCGUCUCCAAGUACCUGGGCCUCGACUCGCCCUUCCUCAAGGAGGUGCUGUCUGAGCCUUGGCGCCUGUCCACCAGCCAGACCGCCGUCCAGCAGGGGGAGCUGUUUGACAUGGUCAACCACCCGGAGUUCAUCUCCUGCGGCGGAGGCUUCGGACCGGUGGCCGAUGACGGCUACGGCGUCUCCUACAGCCUCGUCGGAGAAAACAUGAUCAACUUCCACAUCUCCUGCAAACACUCCUGUCCAAGCACUGACGCUCAUGAGUUCGGAGCCCAGGUGAGGAAAGCGCUGGUGGACCUGUUGGACCUCAUGUACACCGAGCCCACCCGGACCUCCACCCGGACCUCCACCCGGACCUCCAGAAACUACCAGCACAACCCACCAGCUGUCAAGAAGGACCAGUAGAGGAGAAACGUGUGUGUGUGUGUGUGUGUGUGUGUGUGUGUGUGUGUGUGUGUGUGUGUGUGUGUGUGUGUGUGUGUGUGUGUGUGUGUGUGUGUGAGGAUCAUGAGGGAUGUUUGACGCCAGAACUAUGCCACUCGACAAUUUCCAGGACGUAAGGGUUGAUUGGUCGAUUGAUCCAUGGGGAUGUGUCUGCUAAGGGAACUUUAUUUGCCUGGAGCUAAAAAUAGGACGCAUAUUUUAUUGAACCUGAGGAAAUGUUUUAUAUAUACGUUUCUUAGGUUCCUGUUGAUUGUUCAGCUGGAGGUAAAGAUAGCCAUGAGAGGUGUUUCAUGUUCCUGUUUAAAAGUCUUAGUCUAAUCAAUGUUUAGAGACAGAGGCAAUAUUACUUCACAAAUAUUAAUAAUGAUAUUAAUAAUUAUAUGAACGCAUAUUCAUGUCUCAUGUUAACCAGCUCCGGAGUUCUGCUGUUGUCAAAAUGUUUCCGCCAAAUUAAAUACUUAAUACUUCAAUAACUUUUUAUUAAAAACAACUGAAUUGUAA